ACCGGAUGUAUUUUUUUUAGUAUUACUGCAUGUCACUAGUUGAAUGACAAAUUUUAAAGCCAAUCUGCACUAAAUGCUCGGUGUCAUGAUCUGCUCUUACAGCCAUGCCUGUAGUUUUACAUUUUAUGCUUUUUCUCUCCCCCAACCUUUGUUUGCCUUUGGUGUGACUGACAUUGUGUAUAUUGAACAUACUAAAAAACACAAGAAAGAAAAAAAAAACACUUUAUGGAAGGGUCAUUUUCCAUUUUCAUAAAACUAAAUGGUGUGCUAGUCAAUUGUUCACUCUUCAGUCGACAUUUUACUAGUUAUCGACAACACUAAUGGGCCUGGCUUGCUGACAUUGAUUAUUCAUAAAUAAAUGCCAGCUGAACACAUUACCUGUGCUGGCUGCAAUACCUCAAAUGCUUCUGGCUUUUGAGCGCUAGGCUAGCUCACUUCCCAUCAGCAGGCUGCAGUCAUAGAGUACCAUACGGUUGUGUGUGUGUCUAUAAGUGUCUUGCUUUCCCUGUCCCAGGUGGAGGCAGACCUCUGUGUGUGAGUGGUAAUGAGGGGAAGUAUGCUGGGCACGGCUGCCAUCGCGCCCCCUGCUGGACGCUCAUGUGCCCGUGCCCACGCCCCAGGGGCCUCCGUGCUCCUGGCUACAGGGGCUUUCUGUACGUAGGUGUUGCUCCAUGUCUGUCUACAUCUGCAGUUAAUGCUCCCUUUAUUGUGUUCUUCAGUUCAUCCAACAACAAAAAAAGGCUUUUAUGGUAGAAAUCCCCUUCCCCAAAUACUAUUCUUUCUACCACACUACACAUUUAGUCAUUUACACAUUUGUAGUAUCUCCGAUACCCUCAUGUGUCCCUCCCCUUAAUUCCUUUUGUCAGACUGAGCAGAUACUCCUGUGUAAGGUUCUGGAUAGUAGAGCCUAAAUCAUUAUUAACAGCCACACAUUAGUGCCCCGUGCUUCUGAUUUGUUGGUCAGUGCAGUCCUUUGCUUGUGUGCUUUGGAAAUUCAAACUUAGCCCCUUUAAUUUAGUAAGUUUUGCAGGUCAUAGCAUUUUGUUGGCAUUUGUGAAGAAUGAAAGGGCUUGUAGUGUCUUGAUGGGCUGUCUGCUCUUUGAUGAUUUCUUCCCUUGUGGGAUGUAUUUAGUAUUAAACCAGAUAUGGAGAAUAUCAGCACCUUUAAAAAAAAAAAAAAAAAAAAAAAAAGAAUUUCAUAUGUCUCCAAGUGGUCUUUGUUGUUUAGGGGCACACCAGUUGCAUACUGAUAAUUUUUUGUAAAGCUGCUUCCAAAUCAGUUUUGAAUUAAAACAAAAUUUAAAGUAUGAAGAUCCUUUUCAUGUGAUGUAUUUUGACUUCAUUCUGCUGUCAACUUACCUGACCAUACUGGCAGCAGAUGUGCUUUUUAGAGACUUGUUUAUGUUGUAACAUGCUUGGAGCCAGAAACUCCUUUACCGCCAGACGGACCACACUGCUAAAGCUCAAUAAAGUUUUGGCUGUCCCAGCUAAAAAAAAGUCAGUCUCUGACUCUCCCAAAUUUUAGAAGCAGGCCCUUAGUCUUAGACACUGGAGCCCUUUCAUCUCACAGUGCUGUCUAAGAUACGGUGGAAAAUUUGUAUUUAAUUAAAAAAUGUGUUUACUGUUUGAGUAACUCGCACUAACUCCACUUUUUCAGCUAUAGUUUGGAUUCAGUUUUGCUCAAGAGUAAUUCCUUCAAAAUUGAACAUCAACUAAUACUGGUUACAUCUUAUCCUCAAAACAAUAAUUUCUAAAUUGGUGGAGGGGGAUGAAGGGGAUGGAUAUUGUUCUGGAGCAAAGCUAUCUGUAGAAAAGGCAAAUGUUAAUGUAACGAGUUUUCAAUGAUCAUGCUAUAUGCUGCUUUAUGUUUUUUGCCAAAAGCGUCAAUCUUUUGGCCAUCAAAUGUUCUCUUCUCUUGCAGUAUCUCUCUCUCCUCGUAGGCCUCCGCCGGCCGGGUGCGAGCCUAAUGUAAACUCAAGUGAACUAAAACUGAAAGGGGAUACCAGUGGAGUAACAUUAUGUUACCUUAAGUUACUACUUGUGUUCCUGUGGGACAUGGAUAAGUACACUCUGAUUCGUAAAAUGGAAGGCCACCAUAAUGAUGUGGUGUCCUGCGAGUUCUCUCCUGACGGAGCCUUGCUGGCCACAGCCUCCUAUGACACUCGCGUCAUAGUGUGGGAUCCUCACACGGCCACUAUACUGCUGGAGUUGGGGCACCUCUUCCCUCCUCCUUCUCCCAUAUUUGCGGGGGGCGCAAAUGACCGUUGGGUUCGCUCUGUGGCCUUUUGUCACGAUGGCCGACAUAUUGCCAGCAUCACAGAUGACAGGUUGGUACGUUUUUGGAGCAUUGAUGAGAAAUCUCCCCAGGCCAUCACCUCCUUCACUAAUGGCCUCUGCUGUGCCUUCUCCACAGAUGGGGGUGUUUUAGCUGCUGGCUCGCGUGAUGGCAGUGUUCGUUUUUGGGAAUGUCCGCGCAGCGUCGCCAGCCUGCAGCACUUGUGUCGCAUGGCACUGAGAAGAGUGCUGUCCACACAGCAAGUCUACGCACUGUCUAUUCCUCAAUGCAUGCAAGACUACCUGGCCUACAGGAGUUUCUAGGUCCUUAGCACACUUUGGCAAGGAUAUUCGUGGGUGAUGGGCUAUUGGACUUUUGGGAAACGAUAAUGAGGGGGAAAAACACAAAGGUGGAGGUGAAAUGGAGUGGAUCUUUUGUUAAUAAUCCCCAAGCUCUUUUUAAUGACAUCACGUUUCCAAAAUAAUUUUUCGUGUGUUCUAAAGCUGCUUGCACAUUUCUCCUUCAAUUGGUUGCUCUCUUACCCAUAUCAGUUAGUGGCCUUUAGUCAGCCUUAUCAGUGUCAUUUUCUUCCUUUUUCCCCACCUCCGGCACAGCUUCUUGUGCAAAAACCUAUGGUGCAACAUUCAAGAAUGAGACAGCUGUUGUAAUGUCCUCUUUCUAACAGAUAUGAAUUAAUAUUGGCUGACUUGGUGGUGUUCUCUCUGAAGUAUAUCAGCAUAAGUUCGGAAAGAAUAAGUCGGGGAAGAAUAUAAAGAAGUUAGUGUUUAAAUUGAGAGAAUAUUUGUACAUGAAUAGUGAUGUGUGUAUGAGAGAGUUCAAUGAGACUUUAGCAGAUCAGGGAUUUAGGCAGUGCCUUCCUUUAGUGUGCCUCGCUAGCAGCAGAAAUCCCUAGUGCUGUACGUCCACACCCAGACGCUGCCUCAGUAACAACAACCUUUCUAUUACUCUUCAUAUCCCCAACAAUGUAGUGAUGGAUUAAAAAUGUAUAUUUUAUAUCUGUAUAGACAUUUGUAAAGAGAAGUUGUUUGUGCAUGUGUAAAUGUAUGUAUAUAUGUUUGUUUUCUAUGGUGUUGCCCCCCCCCCCCCCCUUCCCCUACUAAAUCCAAGAAUGUAAGAUGCUUCUGUUUGUUUUAUAUGUAUAAUGCUCAUGCUGUGAAAACUCCAGAGACUGUGGCUGAUAGGGUUGUACGACAGGAGAGGAGAUUAUCUGGUAUUUACCAUCAAAAGCACUAACAUUCCUUCUUCUCCGGAAAGACACUUCUUUAAAGGGUAGGGCAGACUACUUGUAUUUAUAUAUGUACAUGGUGCACAUUGGUCAUCUAAAAGCACACUUAAAUGUCACCCCAUAUUUGGGCCGCUGCCGGCCUUCUGCUAUUUGAGUAGAUCUACCUCCUUGCUUAGCUCAAGUAACGUCUGAUAAUGGCUCAGUAUUCACAUGCAGCUGAACAGUUGGUGUAAAUGUUGGUUGUGAUGUUGAAUCCUGUAUGUUUAGCUGGUAGAUGAUUGAGGAGAAGCAGAGAGCGGCAUAUGCUCAAUGUAUGAGGAGUUGUAUUUUAGACAAUUUUUCACUUUUUCUCUCAAUGUGCAAAGUAUCUAAGCAAUAAACUGUAUUUGUUGUAACCGCAUAAGCCAAUGCCAAAGAUCCCCUGGGGUUCUUAAAUGUAUUUAUGGCACUCAGUAUUAUUUUUUUUGUUGUUCCUUUCUCCUCAUCUAUUUCUGGCUAAAACUUGAAAAUCGUAUAUACGCUUGCCUGUUUUUUGCUUAAGGCUUCUGUAUGGAAUAACUGCAGAGCACUCAUUAAAUCAUAUGUAGUUUCAGCUGUGAUUGCAUGAUGUAGUGCACUUGUCUUUUACAUUGCUCUCUAUUCAACACUGCAGAAAUUUCCCACAUUGUUGUGCACAACAAAAGCAACCGGAGUAAUUAUAUGAAUGUACGUUUUUGGAUUUGUAUGACAUUUGUGUGUUUUUGUAUUAUAGUUAAAAUAAAGGCUUGUUUUCAAAUAAA